CUAAAAACGUGUUUAUUGUUUCAGAUGUGUCAUUAAGCUGCAAAAUGGCGACACUAGGAGAAGAACAAGUAUCUAGAGGAGGAGAGGGUAGAGAGGAUGCAUAUGUUGAAUCAGUUGAUGACGGUAUAAAUACAGGGAACGAUGAUUAUACAUAUACGUACUGGGAUGUGUUCAAAUAUAGAUUGGUGACAUAUCUCUCCAACCCCUGGGCUCUUCUAAUUCUUGCCUUUCUUCUUUACAAAAUCUACGCAAGGAUUAAGAUUGCGUACAUAGAUCCUCUUUUCUACAGACUAGAGGACUGGAAGGAGAAGAGAAAGCAGGAGCAGGAAACAGCUAUGAUAAAAAAGAAUCCUGACCAAUAUAGGAAUAAGAUGGAGGAGAUGGAAAGGGCGCGAAAUCGUCUGCAGCAAGAGUACGAGAUUAGAACAGCUAAAUGGCGGGAAAAGCAAAUCGAGAAGGAAGAGCAAAGACGACAACAGGACAUAGAAGACUGGGAUAAUCAUCAACAGGGGAAAGGGUAUAAGAAUAGGGUUGGGAGCGGUGUGGAUAGUCAGAGGGAAGCUCUGAUUCAGCAGGCCAGGGUUAAAGGGAAGAAAGGAUUUAAACCAGAAUACAACCCGCUUAUGGGAGGACUUGGAGGUGGCUCUGGAUUCAGGCCUUCAAGACGUACAACUGGAGGGGGGUGAGGUUAAUAUCCCCAGAACAAACUGAACUUUCAUGUACAUUGUACAACAUUGUCAACAUGUACAGUAGUUCUGGAAAAAUCCUACAAUGCCCAUCAUAUACAAAUUAAGAACAGACGUAAAUGUGGAUUUUCUACCAUUACUAGAUGAAUUUCAAUCCUAUAUUACGUCUUUGUGUAAAUGACGAGCACUGUACACUGCACUUGAAGCCUUAUAAGCACUCAGUUAACAGUGUUUAUCAAUGACGUUAAAUCCUGAAAUAGCUUAAACAAGGGAUUUGACCGAUAACGUGGCGGCUACCUUACUAAACCGUGUGAUUUAUAUCUUAUAUAGUAGAUAAAUUAUUAUCACUAUUUAACUAUAAUUAGAAUAAGCUAAUAAAAUUGUUUUGUUUUUCUCGUGAAAA